AUGGCAUCAGCUUCCGAAUCCUCGUCGUUGCUGGAGAUCUUCUCCAGAAAUAAGGCCUAUUUUGAUCCGCGUUUGUUUGAAGUCCACUCCACCGUCGAUAGCGUAUUGCCGGUCGAGCCCAAACCUCCCACUCCACCCCAGCUAGUUCUUGUCCUAGAGGCCGCUCCUGUCAUGCCCGCCAAGGGCCCCGACAAUUCUCUUUACAGCCUGCACACUCAGAUCCGAGGGAACACAACACUCGUCCCCUUCUCGACCACGCCAGAACGGACUCGAAGUAUCUCAUACGACUCGACCAUCCACGUAACUCAACAUAAGGAUCUCAGCCCCUUCGGUAAUUUUGCUGAUACAUCACUUGAUUCAUAUAUUGAGAAUGACAUUUAUUUCUCACGUCAAUCAGUGCGCGAACCGUCCGACAACGAGUCCGAGCUCGAGGAUGUGACAGUGGAAAAGGCUGAUGUGAGGAAACUCAUCGCGGAGGAACUCAAGAAGAAUAUGACUCGUGCCAAGAAAUUGUGCUCGAGGGCACGGAGUAGCCUCCAUUAUUAA